GAGGGAAAGGAUCAUUCUGGAGUCCCUCAAUUGGGACCCACUAGUUGUCUUUAGCGGGGCUAGUCCUCACCUCACAUGGCGAUGGCGCCGCCCAAGAUGUUGACUGACAUUAAUAAGAAUUUGAAUCAUGCGCCUCACUUCGCCUCCGCCUCGCUGUGUCCACCUGCUUCCGUGACGGAUUGUGGGGACUCUUGAAUUAAUCGUCCCAGGAACAUGCCAAUAUCAAUAUGUCAUCCGUCCAUCACUUUUUUUUUU